CGUUUGGUUGCUCUGGACAGGUACAGUCCUAGAUAGGAACCUUUUACGGAGGACGUACAGUUUAGGUGUGGACGAGUUUGUGUGGGAGCCCUUUAGACUUUAGAGAACCCCUGUUGGCCCUGUGUGACUGUUUUGGCUGAUAAGGUGUACCAUGUGCUCGGGUAGUUUUGCCAAGUGCCUGGGCAUCACCCUGAUCCCCCUGGCCAUCCUAUGUGUGCUCUGUAACAUCCUGCUCUUCUUCCCUGGGGGGCUGGUCGCUGAAGACAAUGACCACAUCACUAAAGAGGUGUGGUACUUUGGGGGCAUCAUGGGAUCCGGGGUUCUGGUAAGUCAACUGUUACUGCGGGGAUGGAAAAGGGCUUUUGACUUGGGGCUUUUAAUAACUUCUAAUAACUCUCUAAUGUACACAUUUCUAAUUUCAAUGGUUUUAUUUGGAUAUCUCUAUUCAACAUGUGGAGAAACAUAGAAAUGUACAAAUAUUGGAUUAAGCCUUUCAGAAAACAGGUGAACAGUCAUUUAUAACGUAUUAUAACUGCAUAAUAGUAUAUGAGGUGCAAUUUUAAAUGAUCAAAAUGAAAGACUGUGAGGUGGCCUUGUCCAUUACGCUUGUGUUAUUACAGCAUUAUUAGAAUGUAAUGAAACGUUUAGAAUAAUGUUCACAGUGUUCAAUAGACAGUGCCACUCUGUUUUUGCUUCUUAAGCCAACGUGCCGUUGUCCUUCCUGUUGCUGAUGACAGAAACAGUAGUCUCCCUACUAAUCUGAUUCAAACCAAUAUGAUUGUCUGUGCUAUAGUGAGCAUUUACAACUGGAGAGCAGUCUUCCGGGUCUUCUCCAAAUGGUUGUGGGUAGUAUGAGGUCUUUCUGUCCUGAUCUUAACCAAUAGUUGUGUAUCCUAAUGGUUGUGUGUAUAUCGUUGCGGUCUGAUCCUAAUAAUUGUGUGCUGUAUAUCUUUCUGAACAGAUGAUCCUCCCAGCACUUGUCUUCCUGGGACUCAAAAACAAUGACUGCUGCGGUUGCUGUGGCAACGAGAGUUGUGGAAAGAGAUUUGCAGUGAGUACAUGGAGAAACCAGAGUCACACACACGCAUGCACACAUGUACGCACAGACACACGCAGUAGAUAUAAUACAUCGAUUUUAAUCACCCCAAGGCAGGGAGUUCAACUGGCAUUUCACAUGACUCCUACAGACAGAGCCCCCAUUAUACUGGUGGCCAGCAGAUAAGAGAAGUGUACAGUUAUGAAUAUAAUUACUGUUCCCUGAAGAAGGCUAUGGGGAGUUUGCGCACUAGCGCCCUCUACUGAAGAGCAUUAGAAUCAUGCCUGACAAGGCCAAUGAACACCGUGCAUCACCGUAAGCCCCGUCGUCCACAGGUGAUAAACCCGAGGAUUAAUUAUUUAAAUUCAGUACUGCUCUUCACCGAGCCCAGAACUGGGCGAUGCAGGGCUGAACAGGUGUUGUUGUACCUCGUUUCUCUCCUUCAGGGAACAGUAGUUAUAGUCAUAACUGUAAGUUCCCUUUCAGUAGGUCAACUCGGUACAAAACAGCUAUGCGGAUAUCAAACCACACCCUAAGCAGACCCCAGCGGACACCAAAUGAAAUGGCCCACUGCAGACCACCCAGAGUUCCAACCUGAACAGGAAAGCCUGUCUUUGUGAUAUAUCAAGCUGAUAUGCUCACAGUAUAAGUAAGACCUGAAGUCCAUCCUGAUCUAGGAACAGGAGCCCAGACCUGUCCAUAUAAUCUUAUAAAUUAUGAUCCUAGAUCAGCACUCUUACUCUGAGACGUUUUAUGGAUAUGGGCCCUGAAGAGCCCCUCCUACCACUCCUCCUACCACUUUCAGCUCAGUGGACUAACACAGUCUAUUUGAGUCACUUGGAUGGCCUGGGACCCAGAUUGAUUGAAUUGGACCUCUGUAACUGUGAUCUUUCUUUUCCUCAGAUGUUCAUCUCGAUCAUCUUUGCUGCGGUUGGGGUUCUGGGGGCUGGCUACUCCUUCAUUGUGUCUGCUGUUGCCAUUCAUAAUGGACCAACGUGUCUCUAUACCAAUGGCACAACAGAGUCAUGGACCAACCCCUUUGUUGACGGGUAAGAACUGUUUUAGCACUCAAAUACAUUGUUGUUAAUACAUUGUUUAUGUUUUGACAAUGUAUGUACCUCUCAGUCACUCACAUACAUUGCAGUGUGCUGAAUCUUAUUUUACUUUUUGCUGAACUUCUUCUCUGUUCCCCACCAGUGACUACCUGAAUAACCACAACCUGUGGCAGGGCUGUAAGGCACCUGAGGGCAUUGUGACCUGGCACCUGACCUUGUUCUCCAUGCUGCUGGUGAUGGGCCUGCUGCAGGCUGUGCUCUGUUCCAUCCAGGUCAUCAACGGACUCAUCGGUGCCAUCUGUGGAGACUGCUGCGGCUGCUGUGGGGUAAGAGGACCAACCCUCGUCUUGAUACACCCCAAUCUUAAAUGAACAUCUAGCCCAUAUGCCAAAUUAGUGUCACAAAUACUUUUGCUCUAGUGGAAUACAACAUUUAAUAAAUUGUAUUCUAAAGCCCGGCGCUGGACUGGACCUGCCUACACCUGACUCUCAAUAAGGCUAGCCCCCUAUUGACAUUUACUCCCACCGGUGUCACUGACCUCUCGGCCAUGUGUUGUCUUACCAUGAACUCCAGUGAGCUUAGCAACAAUUAGCUCAUCCAUGAUUGUCACACUAAUACACUGUAUAAAUAUGUUUGUAUUUGAGUAAGAGUUGAUUUGAAAAUGUUGUCCUAUGUUUGUCUUUCAGAGUACUGAUGGUGCAGUCUGAGGAUCUUUGAGCCUCAGUGAGCCUCUCAGAAGACAGAAGACUUCUUAUAACAACUGGCUUUCUAUGAGGUGUAUAUUUAAUUUUGUUAAAUAUAUAUUUUUUAAUUGAACAAUUUCCUACCUAUCUAACUUAGCCUUUCGCUAUAUAGCAAAUAGCUAUAUAGCCUUUCGCUAUAUAGCAAAUAUUAUGAUUUCUUUUUUAAUGAGGAUAAUACAUUUAACGUAAUCAAACUUAUUAUUCAAUAUGUUUAAAACAUGAUUGCACUUUUCACAUUAUAUUAUAAUUUUCAUAUUAUGUACCGUAAAAGACGUGUCCAACAGAACACUUGGAAUCAAUUAAAUCUAUCAAAAAUGUAUCUUAUUUAAUUGAAAAACACAAAACAUAACUUCAUAUAGGUUUCUGACAGGGUGAGUGGACCACACCUGUGUCAGCCUUGUUUUAGUUGGCCUGUGGGUUAAGUUAUUUUAUAACUUUAUUCUGGUUAGUUCUUGUUAAUGGAGGGACAUGGCUAGCUUCCCUCCUCUGUGUCAAUAUUUACUGUACCGCCAUGGGGUUACUAAGGAGUCUUUGUCAUGUUGGGUUAUCAGUGACUUUAUGAGGAUGUUGAUUCCGCUAUAUUAUGAUGGUAGUGGAUGUUUUGUAU